GACACUGACCACCGACUAGUUUUUUAAUUUCGAAAUGUGCUGCUCAUUAACUGAUUUCAAUUUCAAUAAAUUCUUUAAAUAUUAAUUAAAUAAAAUGCAAAUCCUCUUAAAAUAUACACAAACAAGUAAAUUACGUGUCUCUCUUUCGACAAUAUAUCGUCUAGUCUCACAAAGUUGCACUGGUUUCGAUGUGGAUCAACUCACAAACUCGGUAAAACGUGACAUAGAAUCACAUUGGCGUCAGAAGCUUAGUUCUGGUCAGUUCAAUAAGAAUGCUCCCUCGAAUAAGUUUUAUGUCCUAUCGAUGUUCCCCUAUCCAUCGGGAAAUCUUCAUAUGGGUCAUGUUCGAGUGUAUGCCAUAAGUGACACGGUUGCACGGUUUCAUCGUAUGAAUGGGAAAAAUGUCUUUCAUCCCAUUGGGUGGGAUGCAUUUGGUCUUCCCGCUGAAAACGCUGCCAUUCAAAGGGGAAUUGAACCUGCCUCAUGGACAAAUCAAAAUAUUACACAAAUGCGGGAUCAACUUCAAAAACUUGGUUGUUCCUUUGACUGGAACCACGAAUUAUCGACUUGCUGUCCGGACUACUACAAAUGGACACAGAAACUGUUUCUGAUGCUUCACGAACAGGGUCUGGCUUACCAGAAUGAGGCUCUGGUCAACUGGGAUCCAGUUGAUAAAACUGUCCUUGCAGAUGAACAAGUCGACGCGAAUGGUUGUUCAUGGCGAUCUGGAGCAAAAGUCGAGAAAAAACUCCUCAAACAGUGGUUUAUCCGAACCACAAAGUUUGCCAAGGAGCUGCUAGAAGGUUUGAAUGAUCCAACGUUGCAGGAUUGGCGGGAUAUAAUCAAUCUACAGCGCCAUUGGAUUGGCGAAUGCGAUGGUUAUGCAUUUCAAUUGGGUCCGCUUCGCGUUUGGACGCAAUCUCCUGAGCAUUUAAUGGAUCCCAAUGCCUAUCUCAUACUCAAGACUACGCACUAUUUGAAAAAAUCCCCAAAUCCUCCUGAAUUCGUAAAGAAUCCCUUCACUGGGGAGUCAAUUCCUAUUGUCUACAGUGAUGAUGCUGAAUUUGCCCCCAAGUGUGAUGUCUUCCUCGCUGCCCCUAGUUUUAUGGAAUCCGAAAAAGAUAUUUUCACGGAACUAAAUGUAAAGCUCGAUGUUUCCAAAGAUGUGGCUUCCAAAGCGUGUCGGAAUUCAAUUCUGGAAAAAGCGAAAAAGCUUCAAAUCGGUGGGUAUAAGGUGAGUUCAAAACUACAAGACUGGCUUAUCUCCCGGCAGAGAUACUGGGGCACUCCGAUUCCAAUAAUUCACUGCCCUGAAUGUGGACCAGUGGCAGUGCCAGAGAAAGAUCUCCCGAUUCAGCUUCCUGCCGAGAAGACGAAAGAAAUGCUCAGAGUGGAUUGUCCCAAGUGUGGACAUUGUGAUGCCCAUAGGGAGUCUGACACAAUGGACACGUUUGUUGAUAGCUCCUGGUACUAUCUGCGCUAUCUGGAUGCAAACAAUCCAGAUCGAAUCUUUGACAAAGAUCUGAUAAGCAAAUGUAUGCCUGUUGAUUUGUACAUUGGAGGCAAAGAACACGCAGUCUUGCAUUUGUACUAUGCCAGAUUUAUGAAUCAUUUCCUUCACUCUCAAGGACUAGUUCCCUGUUCGGAGCCAUUCAGUCGACUGCUAGUGCAGGGUAUGGUCAUGGGACGAUCGUUCCGGUUGAAGGGAAGCGGAAAGUAUCUAACAGAGGAUCAGGUUGACAUAGUUGAUGCGAAGAAAAACAAAGCCAUCACGAAGGAUACCAAAGAAGCCGUCGUUAUGUCAUGGGAGAAGAUGUCCAAAUCCAAGUUCAAUGGAGUCGAUCCAUCGGAUAUGAUCAACGAAUAUGGCACUGAUACCACAAGACUGAUAAUUCUGGCGGAUGUGGCACCAACGUCUCAUAGAAACUGGUCAACUACAACUUUUCCUGGAAUCCUAAAUUGGCAGAAAAGACUUUGGCUAACAAUCGACACGUUUCACAAGCUGCGACAGGAGCCACCCAGUCCCGAGUUUAACCCAACUGAUGAAAAAUUCAUCCAAGAGGAUUCAGUGCUCUUCGAUGCUCGAAAUUAUUAUGUAGCUGGUGCCACCUUCAACUACAGACACACUCAUCAGCUGAGUGUCGCCAUAUCCAAAAUGCAGGGACUCACAAACUCCAUAAGACGGGCUUCAAAAGAUGUGAUAAAGUAUGGAAAGCAUUUCGAACGCGCCCUAGCCACUCAGAUUAUAAUGCUGGCACCUAUGGCUCCACAUUUUGCAUCCGAACUAUGGUCAAAACUUAUCUCAACACCGAAUCGAUUGAACGAGAAAUUAGAAGACAUUCAGUGGGACAAAGAUGUUCUCGAACAGAGAUGGCCCGAUGUAGAUAGUGAAUAUCAAUUAGACUUAACUAUAAAGGUUAAUGGUUUUGAAAAUGCUGUGAUUAAAAUUCGACGCAGCAAUAUCGACAGAAUCACGCACAGUGAUGCCAUGGACAUUGCAUUCAAUACAAAUUCGGUGACUUCUUAUUUAACAGACAAAAAGAUUCGAACCACGAAUUUUGUGUUGUACCCUGGCAUUGAAGCGAUAUUGAAUAUUUAUGUAGAUAAAGCAACACAAACUAAGGAAGAGGGAACAGCCGAUAUAAAAGCAAAGAAGGAUUAGUUAAGAAAAAAAUGUAGUGAUGUUGUUUUUAAUAAAAAAGUAUAGUUAAUAAAAUUA